AUGGAGUGGGAGUAUCUUGUGCAUGCGGUGUAUCCUGGCGCAAUGCAAACGCUUCGCAAACUCCUCCAUGACCGGUACAUUGAAGCGGCAAAUACUAUUGAUUUUUCAUUGGACUGCAUUUGCAAAGAAUUUUCAAAUUUAUAA